CAUUGCCCUUCUCUGCCUGCGAGGGAAUGAGUAAACCGGCCGUGAACGGGCAGGCGUUCCUGACAAAACGGCGUCGCUGUAUUGGGCCCCGCCCUCGUGCCCAGCGCAGGGACUAGGGAGCGACUAGAGAUGACGCGAUCUCGGCCUUGUCUAAUUCGGCAAAACUGUUCACGCCUUCAGUCAAAAAGUAGUUGCCGCUGCCGUUCUGCUAUAUUACAUGCCGACGAGCGCACAUACUUCAACCGCCCUCUCCCAUUGCCCUCUGGAUCCUCGCAGCCAUUGAGUUUCGCUAUGGGUUCUAUCACGACUGCUGGAGAGGCCGUGGCGCGCAUUGCUCAUCUUGCCAGCGAUGUAAUCGUCUCCGUCCAGCCCUCCCUCGCAGCCCAUUCCGAGUUCUCAGAGUCGCUCCGACAGCUUGAGAAGAGCAAGACGCCGAGUGUUGUAGCGAAGCAGCAGCCAGAGGUCGUUGCUGUCCGAGAAAAUGCGGAUCCGCUUCUCUCGUGCUUCACGCCGAUUCGCCGAGGCAAGCUAACCUCCGUGACCACCACCUCCGCGAUCCUCGUAAAAUCGAUACCGCACCUAUACAAGCUCGCCCAGUACCCGGUCGUCAUCCACGUGUCGGUCCAGCCCGCCGGCUUCCCAGACUUCUCAGAUAUCACAUCCAUCAGGCAAUGCGGCUUCACAUUCCUUCAGUCGGAAACGCUGCAGCAAGCGCAGGACAUUGCAUUGACUGCCCAUGCGCUGGCCAUCAAGUCCGGAAAGGGCGUAAUACACUUCUUCGACUCGAGCUCUCUUGCAUUCAGCAAGGAGAUUCCGUAUGAAGACAAGGAGCUCCUUCGCAGAGUCAUAGAUCUGGACGCUGCCGCUGCUUUCCAGAGCUCUAAAUCGGAGCAGACUUCGCUGUAUGCAGAUGAUGGAAGAAGCGCAACCUUGUCCGUUGCCCGCAGUCAGGCCAAUGCUGCCCCACCGGCACCCGUAGACUCCACCGACCAUGGACGGACACUGCCAAUCCCGGAGAGGAACAGUGCGAGAGCAGACUCCUCUGCGGGCUCCUCAAGACGCGAGUCCAGCACUGCUAGCGGCGCAACUCAGUCGUCAGCCACAACCGUAGAAUCAUUAGCCGCGAGACCUAUCUCGUCAGAAGAUAUCUACCGCUUCGCCUCCCAGAUAUGGGCCAACAUCAAGGAAGCUACUGGCCGAUCUUACGAUGCCUUUGAGUACACUGGUCCUGCGAAAGCAGAGGCUGCGAUAUUCCUCUUUGGCGCCGACACCUCCAUGUUUGCCGAGGAAAUCGAUACAGUCGAUGAGUCCGAGAGUUAUGCGAAUGCAGGCAUCAUCACAGCGCGGAUGUACCGGCCGUGGUUAGGCGCCUCUUUGGCGCCACUGCUCCCUCAGUCCAUCAAGCGCAUCGCCGUCCUCGAACAGGUCCGGCGGAAGACCACCCGGUGGGGCCCUGUGCUCUUGGAUUUGCUAAUGUCCGUAAAAUCGAGCGGCGGAAACUCACCUAUGAUUGUCGGCUAUCAACUGGGCUAUAUCAACGGCAAGACUGUGCGGCAAGCGCUCCGAGGCGUCUUCCAGAACCUCAUGAGCGAGUCACCUGUGCAGAAUCUUCAGAUUGGUAACCUCGACGGGCCGGAGCCGCAGGAAACAAAGCUUCAGCAGCCUGCCUUGGAGAAUGCUUAUAUGAAAAUCCUGAACCAGGUCUUCGGCGAGAAACUGCACAUUGCGAAUCAGUUGAGCGCACAACACGCUGGCAUCUCUAAUCAGACAUCCUCGAGCCCGGAAUACGGCUUUGGAUCCUUGAUUGCGCGAAAAGAACACCGAAAGCGCUUUGUCGAUGAAGUUCGAGCUGCUUCGAAGAGCAACGACUUCGUUACGAAGGCUCCGCUUGAGUGGCUAGCCAAGUGGGCUUUGGAUGCGGACAAUGGUGACAAAGCAAACGAAUUAGCACCUGAAGUAAUUGCUCGACUAAGCAAUGACGGAUCCUCCGCGGCCAAUCAGCUCCUUUCCUCCAAGGGUCUUUUCUACCGCGAGUCGCCGUGGUUGAUUGGCUCGGAUGCCUGGGCCUAUGACCUUGGAAAUUCCGGUGUCCACCAUGUACUUGCUUCUGGCGAAAACGUAAACAUGCUGAUCGUUGACUCUCAGCCGUACUCUGAGCGAGCUGCCGCUGAUGCUACAAGGCGGAAGAAGGACAUUGGCUUGUAUGCCAUGAACUUUGGUAAUGCCUAUGUCGCAUCGGUCGCCGUCUAUAGCUCCUAUACUCAGGUCUUGGAGGCCAUGAUUGAGGCCGACAAGUUCGAUGGUCCCUCCGUGGUCCUUGCCUACCUGCCAUAUGAGAAGGAGAACGACUCUCCUCUGACAGUCCUGCAAGAGACGAAAAAGGCGGUCGAUGUCGGAUACUGGCCGCUGUAUAGGUGGGAUCCACGUGGCGACGAGAAGGGCGAACCAAACUUCCAGCUCGAUUCCGAGAGGAUCAAGCAGGAGCUGGAGGAGUUCCUCAGGCGCGACAAUUACAUGUCGCAGCUCAUGAAGAGACACCCAGAGUUCUCCGCUAACCUCUCAGGCUCCUACGGGGCUGAGGUCAGGCAACUCCAGAAGAGGAAGGCUAAAGAUGCUUACAGCAAGCUUCUUGAUGGCCUUGCUGGAGACCCAAUGACGGUACUUUUCGCAUCCGACAACGGUAACUCGGAGAACCUUGCGAAGCGCCUAGCAAGACGGGGUAAGGCUCGAGGUCUAAAGACAAUGUGCAUGGCCAUGGACGACUACCCGCUUGAGGACUUUUCCGGCGAGCAGAACGUCGUUCUCAUUACCAGUGUGGCCGGUCAAGGAGAGUUCCCUCAGAAUGGCAGGACAUUCUGGGAGCAUGUCAAGGAUUCGACUGAUUUGGAUCUCGCCACUGUCAACUUCGCCGUUUUCGGUCUUGGUGACAGCCAUUACUGGCCGCGCAAGGAGGACAAGAUCUAUUACAACAAGCCCGCCAAAGAUCUCCAUGCUCGGUUAGUAACCCUCGGAGGUAACGCAUUGACAGAAUGUGGUCUCGGAGAUGAUCAGGAUCCAGAUGCCUACCAGACUGCAUACUCCGAAUGGGAGCCUAAGCUUUGGCAAGCCCUUGGUGUCGACAAGGUCGAGGGUUUGCCAGAGGAGCCGCCACCAAUCACCAACGAGGAUAUCAAGGCCGCUUCAAAUUACCUACGGGGUACUAUCGAGGAAGGUCUGCAGGAUACCACGACCGGCGCCAUCUCAGCUAGCGACCAGCAGCUCACCAAAUUUCAUGGGACGUACAUGCAGGACGACCGAGACCUCCGCGACGAGCGAAAGGCACAAGGGCUGGAGCCAGCCUACUCGUUCAUGAUCCGAUGCCGACUCCCCGGUGGCGUUGCUACGCCCAAGCAAUGGAUCCAGAUGGACGAGAUCAGCACAAAGCUCGGAAACGAGACCAUGAAGCUCACUACGCGACAAACAUUCCAGUUCCACGGUGUUGUCAAGGGCAAGCUCAAGCCCGCGAUGCAAGCUAUCAAUAGGGCGCUAAUGACCACGAUUGCGGCUUGCGGCGAUGUCAACCGUAACGUCAUGUGCAGCUCUCUGCCCGAGCAUUCAAGCUUCCAUUCAGAGGUGCACGCCGUCUCGCAGAAGAUCAGCGACCACCUCCUUCCCUCCACCACUGCCUACCACGAGAUUUGGCUUGAGGACGACGAGACCAAGGAGAAGCGAAAGGUUGCCGGUGAAGCUGUACAAGACCAUGAGCCGCUCUAUGGCCCGACCUACCUCCCUCGAAAGUUCAAGAUCACGAUCGCUAUCCCUCCUCACAACGAUACAGACGUAUACGCACACGACAUCGGUCUCAUUGCGAUCAAGGGCGCUAACGGCCACCUUGAAGGCUUCAACGUUCUUGCUGGCGGUGGCAUGGGCGUCACCCACAACAACAAAAAGACAUACCCGCGCACCGGCAGCAUGCUCGGCUACGUGCCCGCCAACGUCGCUCACAUUGUCUGCGAGAAGAUCAUGCUCGUCCAAAAGGAUAAUGGUGACCGCCAAAACCGCAAGCACGCGCGUCUAAAGUACACCAUCGAUGACAUGGGCGUCGACGUCUUCCGCGGCAAGGUCGAAGAGCUCUGGGGCGACCAAUUCGCUGAUCCAAAACACUUCAAGUUCGACUCCAACAUCGACACAUUCGGCUGGCAGAAGGACGAGAAUGGCCUUAACCACUUUACUUUCUUCAUUGAGAACGGGCGCAUCGAAGACACUCCGGACUUCCCGAUGAAGACUGGGCUCAUUGAGGUCGCGAAAGCGCACAAGGGCGAAUUUAGGCUGACGGGCAACCAGCAUCUCAUCCUGUCCAAUGUCGCGGAUGAGGACCUGCCAGCUAUGAAAGACCUGCUCAAGAAGUACAAGCUUGACAACACGAACUUCUCCGGCAUGAGGCUGAGCAGCUCUGCUUGCGUAGCCUUCCCAACCUGCGGUCUUGCAAUGGCGGAAUCGGAGCGCUACCUCCCCGAACUCAUCACGAAGCUCGAGUCUACGCUCGAAGAGGCAGGCUUGCGGCAAGACAGCAUCGUCAUGCGCAUGACGGGCUGUCCCAAUGGAUGCGCUCGCCCCUGGUUGGCGGAGGUAGCCUUCGUCGGCAAGGCCUACGGCGCGUACAACAUGUACCUCGGUGGCGGCUACCAUGGUCAGCGACUUAAUAAACUCUACAGGAGUUCCAUCAAGGAAGACGAGAUCUUGGACAUCAUGAGGCCGAUGAUCAAGCACUACGCUAAGGAUCGGCAGCCUGGGGAGAAGUUCGGAGACUUCGUUAUCCGAACGGGGUAUAUCCAUGAGACGACGCAUGGAACGAACUUCCACGAAAACACUGCGGAAGAGGAGUCAGACGAGGAAUAGUCAUCUGCCAAGGCGGGCAAAGAGGAAAGAAAGGGUAGAUGCGACUGUCUUCCAUUCGUUAACAUGCAUAUGCUAACCGGAUGCGGCGGUGGUUCAAGUCAUUUCACGGCGUUGGCGGUUGGCAAAAUUGCAUGUUUCCGUGUCUACGUAGGACCAUGUAUUAUGUCUUAUAAUCAAGAUCAAGCCUUGCAACCGAC